AUGCAAGACUUCCAAGGUAAAGUCAUCGCCGUCACGGGUGCAGCAUCGGGAAUUGGUCUUGCAACUGCUCAGCUACUUUUUGCAGCUGGAGCCAAGUUAUCCUUGUCUGAUAGAUCACUCACUACACUUGAGCAAGCCACCCAAGCCCUUCUUGCCACGCACCCAAACCGACAUAAACAAGAUAUCGUGACAGCAGAGGUCGAUGUCACAUCUAGCGCCCGGAUCACGUCCUGGAUUGAAGAUACUGUCAAGGUAUUUGGCAGACUCGAUGGCGCAGUUAAUUCUGCAGGAAUAAGCGCUGUCCAAAUGGGCAAGGGCAGAAUCCGCGACCUGACUGAUGAUAGCUGGGCUUUGUGUAUGGGCAUCAACGCCACUGGUGUCUUCUACUCCAUGCGAGCCGAACUCAACGCCAUGACCAACGGCGGCAGCAUCGUCAACGUGGCAAGCCUGGCUGGAGUAAUAGCAGUUCCCUGUGCAGCAGAAUACGGGGCCUCGAAGCACGCAGUGGUCGGUCUCACAAAAACAGGAGCCAGAGAAGAGGGCAAGAAUGGCAUUAGAGUGAAUGCAGUCGCACCUGGCACGAUAGAUACUGCAAUGACUCAGAGUGUUCCCCAGGAGUUCAAGGCGUUUCUAAAAGAAAAGGUUACAAAGCAGCCGAUUUCGAGACAGGGACGAGCCGAGGAGGUUGCGGCGUUGAUUUGUUUUCUUCUGAGUGACAGUUCGGCUUUUAUAACUGGCCAGAUCAUUCGAAUUGAUGGGGGAUCUUCAGUUUAG